CCUCAUUCGGAAAAAAAAAUUCAGAAGGAAAGUGAUGGAGAGAGCGUGACGCAUAGUCGUUUGCUUUCGUCUUUUAGUUUCUGCUUUUUUCCAUUUCUCUAAUUUAUGCAAAUGGUGAAUCUACCCCAAUCUCUGUCGAUGAACACGCCUUUUGGGGGGCCCACCGCGUCGAAUCCAACUGCUGCCGGAGCUCCGGCUAAUAAGGAUAGGAAAAUGGCAUCGGCUGAGCAUUUGGUUCUGGAUCUGAGCAAUCCCGAUCUCCGAGAAAACGCUCUUCUCGAACUAUCCAAGAAGAGAGAAUUAUUUCAAGAUUUGGCUCCAUUGUUGUGGAAUUCUUUUGGUACUAUUGCUGCACUUUUACAGGAGAUAGUUUCAAUUUAUCCUGUUCUCUCACCACCAAAUCUAACUCCAGCACAAUCAAAUCGAGUUUGCAAUGCUCUUGCUCUACUUCAGUGUGUAGCUUCUCAUCCAGACACAAGGAUGUUAUUCCUAAAUGCACAUAUACCCUUAUAUCUGUAUCCUUUCCUUAAUACAACAAGUAAAUCAAGACCUUUUGAGUACUUGAGGCUUACUAGCUUAGGUGUCAUUGGUGCCUUGGUGAAGGUUGAUGAUACGGAAGUUAUUAGCUUCCUUCUUUCAACAGAGAUAAUCCCGCUAUGCCUGCGCACAAUGGAGAUGGGUAGUGAACUGUCGAAAACAGUUGCCACUUUUAUAGUUCAAAAGAUUCUAUUAGAUGAUGUUGGCUUGGACUAUAUUUGCACUACGGCUGAGCGGUUUUUUGCAGUUGGUCGAGUUUUGGGAAAUAUGGUUGCAGCACUUGCUGAGCAACCCUCUUCACGACUGUUAAAACAUAUUAUUCGAUGUUAUCUUCGAUUGUCAGAUAACCCUAGGGCUUGUGAUGCGCUAAGAAGUUGCCUUCCAGAUAUGUUACGAGAUGCCACCUUUAGUACUUGCCUUCGUGAAGAUCAAACCACUAGAAGGUGGCUGCAGCAGUUGCUUCACAAUGUUGGGGUGAACCGGGUGCCAACCCUGCAGGCUGGUGGGGGAUUUGAUCACAUGCUGGUUAACUGAAUAGCUUGCACUUUUUCUUGGCAAAUUCAAAGCUGGUUUCAGCAGGGAGGGAGGUGUCCUUUAUGAUUUUAUCUAACUAGUGUUUUUGUAAUUAGUGAUUUGGCCUUGAAAGAAAAAUCCAGUUGGAGAUUUAAGCUGGUGGGACUGUUUAAAUGUUUUCAAUCCAAAUUGUGUACAUUUUUGUUAACUAAUCCCAAUGUAUAAUGAAAUAAUGAUCAGGCUGCUGAUUGGUAUCA